GACGGCCGGGGCCUGACGGCGUUGCACGAGGCCGCGGGCAACGGCCACGAGCCCUGCGUGGCGCUGCUCCUGCGCCACGGCGCGUCGCCGAACCGGGGCAACGCGACGGCGCGGCUCACGCCGCUCCACGGCGCCGCGCUCGGCGGCCACCACGCCUGCGUGGCGGCGCUGGCUUCGGCCGGCGGCGACGCGAACAAGCUGGACCGCUACGGCCUGACGCCCCUGACGCGCGCGGCGGGCCGGGGC